GAUAUGUAGACUUCCGCACAGUCCACAACUAGUUGUUAGGUUGUUUGCGAUCUGCUUGUCAGCUGAUUUGCCAGUAAAAAGAAGAACUUUGCUACCUAACAUUAAGUAAAUUUUAGUGUAUAUAGUUUAAAUAUAGAUACAUAUAUAUGUAAGUGAAAUUUAACUAAUAGAUAUCACUUUGACCAAAGUCCGAAGGUUUGUUUUGAUUCAUUCUACUCGUGUCAUAAAUCCACAAGUUGAUUGUCAAUACAGAUAACAAUUACAAUGCAGUGCUUCAGAUUAUUUGCAAAUGUCCUUAACGUAUCUAGAGGUACUUUCAACCGACACAUUGUCUCACUUUCUAUGUUGCCAGAUACACAUCAGAUGCUGCAUAAAACAUGCAGAGACUUUGCGGAAGAGGAAUUGAAGCCUAUCGCAGCAGAAGUUGAUAAGAAACACCUUUUUCCAAAAGAGCAAGUGAAAAAGAUGGGUGAAUUAGGUCUCAUGGGUUUAUGCGUUCCCGAGAAAUUCGGUGGCACGGAACUGGAUUAUCUGGCCUAUGCUGUAGCCCUGGAGGAAAUUUCCAGGGGUUGCGCGAGUGCUGGAGUUAUAAUGAGUGUGAAUAAUUCGCUCUACUCAGGACCCAUCGACAAAUUUGGAAAUGAUAAACAGAAAGAGAAGUACAUCGCUCCCUUUAUGAGCGGCGAAAAGAUUGGUUGCUUCGCUCUGAGCGAGCCGGGCAAUGGAUCAGACGCUGGUGCCGCGUCCACCACCGCCAAGGCAAAUGGCAACGUUUACACGAUCAACGGCACCAAGUCGUGGAUAACGAACGGGUACGAAGCCGGGGCGAUCGUUCUCUUCGCGACGACCGAUAAGUCCAAGAAGCACAAAGGUAUAAGCGCUAUAAUAGUCGACAGUCCAACAACUGGUCUCAGCCUAGGCAAAAAAGAGGAUAAACUCGGCAUACGAGGCAGCAGUACUUGCUCCUUGAUCUUUGAAGAUUGUGAAGUGCCUAGAGAGAAUCUUCUGGGCGAGCCCGGCCUGGGCUUUAAGAUCGCGAUGAUGACUCUAGAUGCUGGCAGAAUAGGAAUCGCCGCACAAGCGUUGGGCAUAGCUCAGGCAUCUCUAGACUGCGCGAUGGAUUACGCGUCCAAGCGCCAAGCUUUCGGCCAGUCCAUCAUCAAGCUGCAAACGAUUCAGCAAAAAAUCGCCGACAUGGCUCUGAAAUUGGAAAGCUCGAGAUUGCUGACGUGGCGGGCGGCUCAGCUUAAAGAUAGCGGUAAACCGUAUACGAAGGAAGCCGCUAUGGCCAAGCUGUCCGCGUCCGAAACCGCCACGUUCUGCGCUCAUCAGUGCAUACAGAUUCUAGGAGGGAUGGGAUACGUGUCGGACAUGCCGGCCGAGCGUCAUUACAGAGACGCGCGUAUCACAGAGAUCUACGAGGGCACAUCGGAAAUCCAGAAGCUUGUCAUAGCCGGAAAUCUCGUCAAAGAGUACGGCCUCAAUUGAAUCGCAAUUUGACUCGCACGUGCAAGGUAAUCCCCGCAAUAUCAUCCUUUCUUUACGUAUUCGAGACAAAAUAUAUUUUGUACGUACUUUAUCGAUAUUAUUAAUUGUAUAUAAUUAGCAUGUGUACCCAUAUAUUUUUAUACGGAGAAAAAAGUUGAAAUAAAUUUUUAUACACCA